AUGGCCCAAACACGUGGCGCAACCGGCAACUCCAAGCCACGCGUCUUCCCAACCAUCUCCACCGAGCCUGUGCGCAAGCCCCGUACCACCACCGGCGUCAAGAAGACCAAAGCCACAGGCGUUACCAAGAAGCGCGCGCCGGCUACUCAUCACAAGAGAACGCCAUCGCUCAAGGACAAGGUUGUGGGUGUCGUUGAGAAAGUCGUUGGCUCUGCUGAGCACAAGCCUGGCAAGAAAGCAGCCGGCACCAAGAAGAUGACAGGCACCGAUGGCAAGAAUAGCAAGUCAGCAAAGGUUAAGAAGAUUUAA